GUCUACAGUCGGUUGCUUUCGCCUCACCACUCAAACGAAACCCCUCUCUCUCUCUCUCUCUCUCUUUCUCACUCUCUUGGGAAUGCACCUGCCCGACGUCACCAAUGACAAGCCUGCGAGUGAGUGAACUGUCGAACGUUUCCUCAAACACGCUCUAGAUUUCCAGUGUAAGAUACCUGCCAGUCUAGGUGCCGAGCACAAGGGAAAGCAAACUUGAUCAGGAACACGAAGGAGGCUGCUGGCUGAGUGGUCACCAUGGAACCCUUCCUGCGCAUCGCCUUUAAUGCGUUUGAUGUGGGGGUCCUGCCCCCCCUGACUAACGCUCCCUUCUGUGCCAUUAAGAUGAAGGAGUCCCUCAGCACUGAGCGGGGGAAGACCCUGGUCCAGAGGAAACCCACUAUGUACCCAGCCUGGAAGUCCUGUUUCGACGCCCACAUCUAUGAGGGCCGUGUCCUGCAGGUGAUUCUGAUGAAGACCACAGAGGAACCAUUGGCCGAGGCCACGGUGGGCGUGUCCGUGCUGGCCGAGCGCUGUAAGAAGGGCAAUGGCUGUGCUGAAUUCUGGGUAGACCUGCAGCCUUCUGGGAAGGUUCAAAUGGCCAUCCAGUUCUUUACGCAGGACACAGACACAGCAGCAGCGUUUAAAUCGACAGUGAAGACACGUGAAGGGGAGGACGUGCCGAUGACACUGAACCGAAGGAAAGCCAUUAAACAGCCCAAGGUGCACUUCAUCAAGAACCAUGAAUUCACCGCCACCUUCUUCGGACAGCCCACCUUCUGCUCUGUCUGCAGGGAGUUUGUCUGGGGACUCAACAAGCAAGGCUACAAGUGCCGACAAUGCAACGCGGCUAUCCACAAGAAAUGCAUCGACAAAAUCAUUGGGAGAUGCACCGGAACAGCAGAGAACAGUAGAGACACUGUGUUCCAGAAGGAGCGCUUUAAGAUCGACAUGCCGCAUCGCUUCAAGAGCCACAACUACUUGAGCCCUACCUUCUGUGACCACUGUGGCAGUAUGCUGUGGGGAAUGGUCAAGCAGGGCAUCAAGUGUGAAGAUUGUUCCAUGAACAUCCAUCACAAGUGUCAGAAGAAAGUGGGCAAUCUCUGUGGAAUCAACCAGAAACUUCUGUCUGAGGCCCUCAACCAAGUUAGCCAGAAAUCUAUAAGUAGGUCUGAGUCCAACAAAUCCGAGUCAACGGACAUUGGAAUCUACCAGGACUUACCAGGACCAAUCUACCAGGACYACAAAAGCCCAGUAGCGGACCCUAGUGAAGCCAAUGAGAAGCUGUGGGAGGGUGGUAAGGUCCCUGCCCCCACCAGCAUCACCCCCACGAUCCACCUCACCAUCGACGACUUUGUGUUCCACAAGGUGCUGGGCAAGGGCAGCUUUGGCAAGGUCCUGCUGACAGAGCUGAAGGGGCGAGGGGAAUACUUUGCUGUGAAGGCCCUGAAGAAAGAUGUGGUUCUGAUGGAUGAUGAUGUGGAGUGUACCAUGGUGGAGAAGAGAGUCCUGGCCCUGGCCUGGGACAACCKCUUCCUCGCACACCUCUACUCCACCUUCCAGACCAGGGAACACCUGUUUUUCGUGAUGGAGUACCUGAAUGGAGGGGAUCUGAUGUUCCACAUACAAGAUAAGGGUCGCUUUGAUCUCCACAGAGCCACGUUCUACUCAGCAGAGAUUGUAAUUGGACUGCAGUUCCUCCAUUCCAAAGGAAUUAUUUACAGGGACCUGAAGCUGGACAAUGUGAUGCUGGACAGGGACGGCCACAUUAAGAUUGCUGACUUUGGGAUGUGCAAGGAGAACAUGUUUGGAGAAAAUCGGGCCACCACUUUCUGUGGGACGCCAGACUACAUCGCACCAGAGAUCCUGCUGGGACAGAAGUACACCUUCUCCGUGGACUGGUGGUCGUUUGGGGUGCUGGUGUAUGAGAUGCUGAUUGGCCAGUCGCCAUUCCAGGGUGAUGACGAGGAAGAGCUGUUUGAGUCCAUCAGGAUGGACGUGCCUCACUACCCUGGCUGGCUCACCAAGGAGGCCAAGGACCUGCUGGAGAGGCUGUUUGAACGAGACCCUAUUAACAGACUAGGGGUGGUGGGGAACAUCCAAGCACACUCCUUCUUCAAGACCCUCAAUUGGCCUGCCCUGGAGAAGAGAGAGCUGGAACCCCCCUUCAAACCUAAAGUGAAAGCGCCCAAUGACUGCAGCAACUUUGACCGGGAGUUCCUGCGUGAGAAGCCCCGCCUCUCCCACGCGGACAAGAACCUGAUUGACUCUAUGGACCAGGCGGCCUUUGCGGGCUUCUCUUUCAUCAACCCCAAGAUGGAAUGCAUUAUGGUCAAUUGAAGGCACAACAUGAUUCCUCCAUCUCUCCAUUAUAAACAUAUAAACACACAAGGAAGGAAGGAAGGAAGGAGAGACCAGUGUAGCAUGUAUCACUGUGGUGGGUCCAAUCAAUAGUGGUGUCUUUCUUUUCCUUGUGAUCAAAUCUUGAAUCAAUAUGAAUCAGUCCAUGUACUGUACUUUAUCCCCCAACAACACUUGCACACCCCAUAGCUCAGACUGUUGUUUAAUAUUUUGCAUGCUGGGAAGUCAGGGAUCAAAUGUGGUUCUUAUCACACCCCUGUGUGCCCUACCUACUGUCUGUCACUCUUUCCUGAUCAUUCACGUAAUAUUUUGUGUGUGUGCGUGUCAGCACUCGCUGUGCGUAAAUGCAUAAAUGAAUGUGUCUUUGUGAGUGACAGCAUGUAUGUCUAGUAUUUCCCCCUAGCUGUAGCAGUUACUCUGAUUUGGAGUCACUUGCUGGUGGCAGUUAUGAAUUGUCUAUAAUGGGGAAAAAAGUUUGUACUUUUUCAGGUACAAAAUGAAAGGGUGCUGCAUAUAAAAGCUUGUUGUAGAAACAGGACCAGUAGAGAACACACAGAUUUACGCAGGCAUGGAUAGUCUCAUUCCCCUCUCACUGUGUGGAUCUAUCUGCCCAUCCACAUGGUAUAAAACUAAGGGUUUGCAACCAGUACUGCAGCUUUCCCACUUUCCUGAACCAAKUGCAGCUACUCUGAUUAAGACCUGAGUAAGUGUGAAACAGAGUGGGACAUCUUUCUGAAGGGAGUAAAUUUAACGGUACUAUACGAGGUGUCGUUUUGAAGGAUAUGGGUGUGUUGGGGGGUAUUCCAUUAGCAAAAGGAUGGAUAAUUGGGUCUUGUGUUACUUGAAAGUAUUGUCAGAGGCGUCAUGCUCAUAGGGGGCACAAGCGCACGUGCCUCCUCAGAUGUUACAUUAAUUACUAAAUAUAAUUUUUAAGCCAAUCAAUCAAAUGUAUUUAUAAAGCCCUUUUUACAAUCAGCAGAUGUCACAAAGUGCUAUGCAGAAACCCAGCCUAAA